AACGUCAACAGAGCGUCAACAACACGUCAACAGAACGUCAACAACAUCAACAGAGCGUCAACAACACGUCAACAGAACGUCAACAACGUCAACAGAGCGUCAACAACGUCAACAGAGCGUCAACAACGUCAACAGAGCGUCAACAACGUCAGCAGAGCGUCAACAACGUCAACAGACCAUCAACAACAUCAACAGAGCGUCAACAACACGUCAACAGAACGUCAACAACGUCAACAGAGCGUCAACAACGUCAACAGAGCGUCAACAACGUCACCAGAGCGUCAACAACGUCAACAGAGCGUCAACAAAGUCAACAGAGCAUCAACAAAGUCAACAGAGCGUCAACAAAGUCAACAGAGCAUCAACAAAGUCAACAGAGCAUCAACAAAGUCAACAGAGCAUCAACAACAUCAACAGAGCGUCAACAACACGUCAACAGAACGUCAACAACGUCAACAGAGCGUCAACAACGUCAACAGAGCGUCAACAACGUCAACAGAGCGUCAACAACGUCAGCAGAGCGUCAACAACGUCAACAGAGCAUCAACAACGUCAACAGAGCGUCAACAAAGUCAACAGAGCAUCAACAAAGUCAACAGAGCGUCAACAAAGUCAACAAGCAUCAACAAAGUCAACAGAGCAUCAACAAAGUCAACAGAGCAUCAACAAAGUCAACAGAGCAUCAACAAAGUCAACAGAGCAUCAACAACGUCAACAGAGCGUCAACAAAGUCAACAGAGCAUCAACAAAGUCAACAGAGCAUCAACAAAGUCAACAGAGCGUCAACAAAGUCAACAGAGCAUCAACAAAGUAAACAGAGCAUCAACAAAGUCAACAGAGCGUCAACAAAGUCAACAGAGCGUCAACAGAGCAUCAACAACGUCAACAGAGCAUCAACAACACGUCAACAGAGCGUCAACAACACGUCAACAACGUCAACAGAGCGUCAACAACGUCAACAGAGCGUCAACAACGUCAACAGAGCGUCAACAACACGUCAACAACGUCAACAGAGCGUCAACAACGUCAACAGAGCGUCAACAACGUCAACAGAGCGUCAACAACGUCAACAGAGCGUCAACAACACGUCAACAGAGCGUCAAGAACACGUCAACAGAGCGUCAACAACGUCAACAGUGCGUCAACAACACGUCAACAGAGCAUCAACAAAGUCAACAGAGCAUCAACAAAGUCAACAGAGCAUCAACAACGUCAACAGAGCGUCAACAACACGUCAACAGAGCGUCAACAACACGUCAACAAAGCAUCAACAACGUCAACAGAGCGUCAACAACACGUCAACAGAACGUCAACAACACGUCAACAGAGCGUCAACAACACGUCAACAGAGCAUCAACAACGUCAACAGAGCGUCAACAACACGUCAACAACACGUCAACAAAGUGAACAUUCAGGAUUUCACAG